AUGUCCACCAGCGACGGGAAGACUUGCUCCGCCUGCAUCCGCCAGCCCUCUUACGACGGGACACACCUGGCUGGCGCGCCCUCUACCUGCCCAGGGUCACCUGGUGGGCAGCACUCAGCGCCUGGCCCGCCCCACUCGUGUCGCCCGGGCUUCCUGCCGGCCAAUGGAGAGGGUGGCCGGUCCGGCCUCGGGCCGCGUCCCGCGGAGCGACCAAUGGGAAGGCGGCAUGCAAAUGAGCAGUGGCUGGAGCAGUACUACGUGGGCGAGCUGCGAGGGGACCCGCAGGGUUCCGUGGAGAAUGGGGCUGUAGCCUCAGUGGAAACUCAGAAGACAGACCCCGCUAUGGAACCGAAGUUCAAAGUGGUAGACUGGGACAAGGACCUGGUAGACUGGAAAAAGCCUCUGCUGUGGCAGGUGGGCCACUUGGGGGAAAAGUAUGAUGAGUGGGUUCACCAGCCAGUGACCAGACCCAUCCGUCUCUUCCACUCAGACCUCAUCGAGGCCCUCUCCAAGACUGUCUGGUACAGUGUCCCUAUCGUCUGGAUGCCCCUGAUGCUGUACCUCAGCUGGUCCUACUACCGAACGCUCGCCCAGGGCAACGUCCGACUCUUCACGUCAUUCACAACAGAGUACUCGGUGGUGGUGCCGGAAUCUGUCUUUCCUGGCCUCUUCAUGCUGGGACUGUUGCUCUGGAGCCUGGUCGAGUACCUCAUCCACCGCUUCCUGUUCCACAUGAAGCCCCCCAGCGACAGCUAUUACCUCAUCACGCUCCACUUCAUCAUGCACGGCCAACACCAUAAGGCACCCUUCGAUGACUCCCGCCUGGUCUUCCCCCCGGUGCCAGCUUCUCUGGUGAUCGCCACCUUCUACGUGUUGUUGCGGCUCAUCCUGCCCGAGGCGGUGGGGGGCUCGUUGUUUGCGGGGGGCCUCCUGGGCUACAUCCUCUACGACAUGACGCAUUACUACCUGCACUUCGGCUCGCCGCACAAGGGCUCCUACCUGUACAACAUGAAGGCGCACCACGUGAAGCACCACUUCACACACCAGAAGUCAGGAUUUGGCAUCAGCUCUAAAUUCUGGGAUUACUUUUUCCAUACCCUCAUCCCAGAGGAACCUCACCCGAAGACGCAGUGACAACUCCUGACCCCUUGCCCUGCCCGCAGCCUGGCCCUGGCCCCUGUCCCGCCCCAUUUUCACCCCUACCCCCACCCCAGCUGGACCCUGCUAAGAAGGUUGAUGUGGCCAAGCAGGAUGGGCUCCAUCUACGCCCUCCCCCAGGGCUUAGCGUGCUGCCAAGGGCACCCUGCAGCAGGACGGCUCUGCUGGUCACACCCUCUUGGGCCAGAUGGCCCUCAGGGGCUGGAUCGUUUCUGGACCCUUCCUGCCCAGAACUUCGGCUGUAGGACUGCAUGAGAUCCGGCCAGCAGGAGCAGCCCCAAGGGGAAUGAAGGAAACUGACCCCUGGGCCUAGCCCGUGCCCACCUGUGCCUCAGACCUGGGGCUCCCUAGGACCUGCCCCACUCAGUGGAGCCAGCAAGGGGUGAGUCUGCCUCCUCCUGCCCUUCCAGAGAAGGCGGAGGGGCUCUGAGGUGGGCAAAGGGCUGCGCCAUGGAGAGACAGCGUGAUGCCUCUCAUAGGCCACCCCAAUCCCAGGGCCGCCCCCUGCCAACCGCAGAGGCCAGCAGCAUGGCCAGCUCCCCAAGGCUGGGCACAUCCAGCGCUCUGGUGGCUAGCCCUCACCAGCCUGUGCCCAUGGGCAAGGGUGGCCGACCGUGGCCUCCAGACUGGAAGGAGCCUGGGCCUUUCUUUAGGGAUCACCAGCUGCUCCGGCCAUCGCCCCGGCCUCUGAAUCACAAGGCUGCUCCCCAAGGGAGGCUUGACAGACCUCUCCAUUGGUGGGAGCCCCACCCCAUCCUUGGGGGUUCUUGGCCCCCACCAGGAUCCUGCCAUCCAGUGCCUCCUGAAGCCAGAGGAGCCUUCACAUGGUGCCUUAUCUCUCUCCCUGCCGCUUCCCGCCCCUUCCCCUACCCCAGAGCCAACAGAUGAGGUUCCCACCCCUCUUCCUUGUAACCAAAACCCUCACUGCUCUGAAGAGGGUCUUAUUUAUAAACAAUGUAAAUGCCCUCAGUCUGGCCCCAGACCAAGCAGUGGGCCAGACGGCCCUUUCUAAUCGUAUGUGUGGCGCUUAUGUAAAAAAAACAGUCUCAUCCGGUUUUUGUUCCCUUCUCACCCACAAACCAUUACUACUUGAAACUUUUUAAAAACUCAAUGAGUUUAGCAAAGGCUGAAGAGAAGCGGUUCGACCGAUCUUGUGAUUUGUACUGUUUACUGCAGAGCUAUUUAAAGAUUUUGGAAUAAAUAUACAAAACUACAGUUGUGAAAUAAAGAUGUAAAUAAAUUGUAUAUUUUGAAAAAUAAAACAUGGAAAAGAA